AGGACAGAAUGGCUGCAGCUGUGGAGUCGUUUUCCGGCGGUGGCUCAGCGGCCGUGCGGUUGCCGCGGUCGCCGCCGCUCAAGGUGCUGGCGGAGCACCUGCGGCGCGACACAGAAGGUGGCCCGGGCGCGUGGCAGCUGUCGCGGGCGGCAGCGGGCCGCGGGCCGCUGGAGCUGGUGGCCGUGUGGAUGCAAGGCACGGUGGUGGCAGCGGGCGACGGUGAGGCCCGGCUGUGGGACCCGACCGGGGCCUUCUCUGUGCGCGGCCUGGAUCGGGUGCCGCGCGGGCGGCCUUGCGUCACCCCAGGAAAGUAUGUGAUGGUAAUGGGAGUGGUGCUAGCCUGCAGCCCUGAACCGUGCCUUCUGGCGGUGAAGAUGACAGAUCUUUCUGAUAAUCCCAUCCAUGAAAGAAUGUGGGCACUGGAAGUGGAAGAUUUACACAGGAGUAUUCCUUAGAUCAGGCGUCCUCAAACUAUGGCCCGCAGGCCCCAUGCAGCCU